AUGUCUUCCAGAAUAUUACAAGAACACGAAGAGGAGCAAAUCGCCACAGAUUUGUUUCAAGACCUGUUCAGAAUGUCACUACAACGCCAAGAUGAAAACAAAGUCGACGAGGUCGGCGAGCAAGAGCUGAGUCUUUUCGUCACCCAAAAAGAUGAUAUUCAACAAUCGAUCUGGAUCGAAGCCCUCGGUGAGAGCGUGCAUCAAAUUGAAUCCAUCACGAUGCCAUCCAAAAUCAUUCCUGGUUUCAGCCAGGGUGCACGACUCAACAUGCCCCUCAUACAAUAUCUCAGAGCAUGGCAUCGAGAUCACAAGGAACCUUUUCCUUUUCAAAAUCUGACCCACUGUAUUAUCGAAGAUUCUGCUUGCCACCCCACGGUCACAGGCCACAAAUUGUUCUCAUCUGAACAUUGUGCAUAUGUACGUAAACAAGUCGUGGGAUUUUUCCGAGAGGAGAACCGACGACACCCUGAAGUCAGGAUUCCAGAGUUACCGCUUUCACCCAGCGCACAAGACCUGACAAAUGCAGUGAUUGCAAGGCAGAGGUCAGACGAAGACGGCUAG